AUGAAACACAAUUUCUCCACAUUAAUAAUCCUCAUAUGUUUUUCGCUAUUAAGUCAAUCUAACGCCACCUUCCCUCGCUAUUAUCAUCACCAGGCUCACGCGCCCGAGACAAGUCAGCAACCACACCACCCAUUUGGCGCUCACAUUUUCCAUGAUGACGCCCCUGGAGCUGAAGCAACCCACCACUACCAGCUGGGUGUUGAUGCUCCGGCACAAUCGCCGUCGAGCCAUGGCGGCGGUGGCCUUGACUCAUCAUCAUUCUACUCUUCUUUCUCGGAUCUCCUUAAAGGAACCUUACGCGGCCACACGUUAACAAUGCCCGACGAUAUCACACACUUGUCAACCAAACACCACAACGAACUCAGACAAAUAUGCGGCCACACCGAUUAUCCUGACGUGUGCUUCUCCACCAUCGCACCGCAUCUCCACGGCGAGCACUUCGACCUCACCCACGUCCUCCAAGCUUCCAUAACGGCCUGCUCGAUCGAGUUGAAGCUGACCAUAGAGAAGUCGAAGAGGCACUCGAGCACUUCGUCGCCGGAGAACCUAGGUGCAGUCAUGUACGUGGACUGUAGGGUGCAGUAUACCAACGCGCUUGAGAACCUCCAAAAAGCGAGUGAUGCUGCUGCGGGGCGUGAUCUUGGAACGGUUACCAUCAUGCUUAGUUCUGUUAUGGCUGACGUGGCAACAUGUGAGAGCGGUUUUCAGGAUCUUGAGUCCUCUACCUUCGUUUCCGGGUCGGUUGGAAUUAUGGCAAGCAAUUGUCUUGCCAUUGCUCAUAUGGUUCCCCAUCAGUAG